CAUUUGAAAACAAGUUUUGGAACUACACAGCUCGAAGAACACACAGGCAGCUCUCGAUUCCCAGAGAUUUGCUGCUUCUUCGUUUGUGAUUGUAGAAAUGGAGGAAAAUAUCAAUAACGGAGUUGAAGAACAAGAAUCCGAAAACCAUGAACCGACGUCUGUACCUGUUCUCAAUACAUCAAUACCGUCCGGCGAGCAGACUGUUUGGGCCGACGUUGCCUCCCUUCUCGAUUCGGCUUGUAAUGAUCUUCAAGAUGGAGAACUCAUUCAUGGAGAUAAUUUUAAUCUUUUUGCAGCCAUGUCUGCUUUGGAGAUAAUGGACCCAAAGAUGGAUUCAGGCAUUGUUUGUAGAUAUUAUUCGGUUGAUGAAGCCAUUGAAGAUGGCGCUGCACCUAUUCCCUUGAGCCUUAACAAAACUGUAGAUGUUCAUUGUAUGAUUGAUAUCAUGGAUCAUAUGCUUUCAUGUGAGGCGACUUGGCACAAGGGUCAUUCACUGGCACAAACUAUUUUUUCUUGCAUUUAUCUUUUGAGACCUGAUAGAACAUCAUCACAUGCAUUGCUUCAUUCUUACUGCACAGUAAUUCGUUCAACAUGCAAUGCGGUUAUUUCAGCUGUUUCUGAUUCACGCACACAUGAGGAAGAAGAUCUGUUUACUAUCACAUCUGGUCUUCCAUUGAAAAGAGAUGGAGAUGAAAAAUGCUUAUCCAUGCUAAAUGUUAUAGAAGAAACCAUUUCUCGCCAGUUACAUGCUUGUAAAGCUCCAUCACAUAAGAAGAGAUCAAUAGAAGACAUAGAGCCAUUACAAACAAAUCUUGAUCUUGAAGAAGGAUAUUGCAAAGCUGUGUUAUGUCGUUUGCGCUUUCGUAAGCAUUUUUACCAUGUCCUGGUAUGUUUGAGGCGACCUCAAGGAAGAGGAUUGGAAUUAGCAAGAAAACAUAUAGCCUCUUGCUUAGUAGAGCUUGAUAGCAUUCUUAAAACAGAAGAAUUUUUAAGGGCUAACAACCGGAAUGGAAUGUGGGAGGAUGGAAUGGAAUCUGAAGAUAGCACUACUGCUUCUGGUUGUCAACCAAUUGGGUUUGAUUCCACUUUAAACAGUAGAUUAUCUGCUCCAACACCUCCCCGUGCAAUCAAAGUUUUUUGCUGGAAGAAAGCUGUUGAAUAUUUUCAAAAGCUCCUUCAUGAUUUAGAUAUUGUCUGUUCACAUCCCAUAGACCCGUUGCAUGAAGGUGCUUUGCGAUUUGUUGUAGAGUUUCAGAAGUUGCAACCUGAUUUAGUUGCUAGAUCUCAUUUACAGCUUCUACUAGUUCAAGAUGGGAAACUCUUUGGGCGUGAUCCUAUCUUCACUAUGAUUUGUAAAGCUGCUGCAGUACCAGAACUUGCAAAAAAUAAUGAUAUACAGAAAAACGAGUCUUUUGUACAUCUUUGUCAGUUGGCGAUAACUUUGCUUAAAAUUUUGUGUACAAAUGCUGCAUGGCAAAGACGUCAACUUGGGAAAGUUUUACAAGAUUGGCGUAUCAUACACAUGCAGCUAGAGAUUGCUCUUAGAAAGGAGUUUGAAGAAAGCUCAAGCACUUCACUUGAUGAAAAUUUAUGCAUGAAGAUUUACAAAAACAUCCUUAAUUGGGUUGAGGAACAAACUUAUUGGAUAGCUUUUCGUUUCCUCAUAUUGGGUUUUGAAUUGGAGCUUUAUGCCCCUAGUGAAUACUGCAUGGUUUAUUGGUAUAUAUAUGUUAUCUUGAUCAAACUUGGUGAAAAAAUGCAUCUCAGAAUGAUCACAAACAGUGAAACCGCUAAGCGAAAAGGAAAGAAGAAAAGGGAGUCUAUGAAGGAUGUGGCAAGGGAACCUGCAAUCCCACCUGCGGUUUUGUUGCUUCAGUGCCAAAUAUAUCUUGCUGAAGGCCUCACAUUGAUGAUUUCUGCUUUGAGAAAUGAACAUGGAGUUUUUCAGUGUCGGGGACCAUUCAAUAGCGAGCAAGAGAGAUUUAUUCAGCAUUUUGAGCUGUUACAAAAAGCUUGCAUUCCUGAUCACGUCUCAUACUACACGUUUAGAGACUACACUGCCCAUUCACAAUUGGAUACCCUCAUCAUGUGCAAUUACUUCAAAGAAGCCCAGAGGAUUGCAAAGGAACUGAGGGGUAGUUUCGUCAAUGACAAAAACAAGUUGACAGAACUAAGACACAUAGAGCAAGUUGCAGAACACAAUGUGUUUAGGUUGCUAGACACAUCAACCGAUGACAAGGAAGAUAUAGAAAUGAGUUUGGUCAUCAGGCAUGCUUUGUUUUGUUAG